GCUGGCCUCAUAUGAAUUCUACGAUUUUCAUUCUACUGAAUAUUUGCUUUCGUUUUCCGACCUGUGUUCCCCCAAAAGUAGUACGAGUAAGGGUCUGUAAUUAUUUCCUAAAAAGGAAACUAUGGAUCCCGGCGUCGGCCCCACUCCGAUCGGUUCUGUUCCGAUUGUAGAGGAAGCCACCGCCGUCCAGAUUGCCAGCUUAAUUGACGUGUGGUGGGGUUCAUUCAACAGCGACUUUAUUCAACGGAUUUACCCGCAAACAGUAGAAGGGCGGCUUUGGCUCCAGCGUGCGUUCAAGAGGAGUCUGAAUGCCGUUCCUAGCCCUAGGGACCCUACGACAAAAUAUGUCAUUGUGCGCAAUCCAGAAGAUGGUGCUCCUGUUGCAAUAGCUGUAUAUCGCAUCAUACCAGCGGGCUGUGAUCCGGAGCGUCGGUCUUGGCGGGUGCGGUGGUCCGGUUUCGAGGAUUUACCCAGCAUUCACGAGGACAUUUUAGCGGACUUUUUUGACCCUAUGGAGAAGACGCAAACAUAUCUUUUAGGAGAUCGCGCUCACAUUCAUCUCGAGGCGUUGGGUACGAUUGAAGCUCACCAGAAAAAGGGAUAUGGGACUGCAUUGAUUAAGUGGGGAACUAAUCUCGCGGACGGAAUGGGCGUCGAGUGUUAUCUUGAUGCCAGCCCGGUGGGAAGACCGCUUUAUGAAGCGAAUGGUUACGUGGUGCAAGACGUAUCUGCCGUCCUAGAGAAACCUGCUGGGGCUCCAAUGGUUCGACCGAGGAAACGUUAGGGCUACUUGUAGGUGCCCAGCCCGUUCCAGUGGAGGACAGUUGUUAAAAUAUAAAGCAUCAUUGUUGAUAUUUAUUAAAAAUAGUAUGCAUAGGACGGUAAUAAAUCACUAUUUCUUAAUAGAUUUAGCGACUAACGCUGUUAUUAUAGCG